GUAAUUGUCUAUUGUCACUCUGCUUCAUCUUCCUCCAUCAUUGUUUUAUUACGAUUUUCUUUUGAUAGCAAGAUAUUUUCAAAAAGAAAGUGUUUCCCAAUAUAAAUUUGCUGAAUUGGCAAUAUAUGUGUGUACCUUAAAGUUAUUUUUAUGGCGAUUCUCUAUGUGAGGCAUUCAUUGUUUUGAUACAGAACAGUAUGUUUUGAUUACAUUCGUUUGACCCCAAAAUGUCUUCGAAUUUGGAAAGUGAGGACCUUUCUGACGUCCAGCUGGUUCGGAUGGAAGAUGUGCAGCCAGCUAGAGAGCAGCGAGACGAUGACCAGUUGGAGGUGAAAGAUGAGAGCAUGGAGACGUUCAUUUUCGAAGAAAUUGACUAUGAAAACGAGUGCGUUGUGGAUGAUGAUGACUCCAAUAUUGGUAGUAUGGUCUCCAUUCAGUCUGAGGACGCGUCUACGCCGUCCGAGGAAGUGUCAGUGCAGUCUGAAGUGUCGAUAGCAUGUGAGGACCUUCCAAACCAGGCAGAACAGGACCCCCAAUUAAUUGAAAUUUAUGACCAGAGCAGCUCAGAGUUAAUAAUUCCAGAUGUAGUUAACACUCGGAGAAUUAUUGUCUUGCAGAAUGCAAAUCCAGCACCAAAGAAAGAAGUUAAAACGGUACCAGACAGUUGGCCAACAUUGGAGAUCUUACCUGGCGGUGUCAUUAAACGUUCCGAUACUGUAGAUGACGACGCACUCACAUCGUAUUCCGCGGAAGAGGGUAACGAUGUAGCGAACGAAUCUGACGGUGAGGCUGGAGAGAAGAUGUAUGCGUGUGCCAAAUGCUCCAAGAAAUUCCGAUAUCUGUACUGUUUAGUGAAACAUGUCCGAUGGCACGACAAGCAGAAAAAAGACCCAGAUUUAUCAAAAUUAUGUUCAUGUGUAAACGGAAACUUCCUAUGCGUGCACCCAGUCAAACAAGAAACCAAACGAAAGCCACGGACAAAAGCAAACAAAAAGAGGAUACCAAAGAAAAAUAAAUCAUAGCCUAAGUUUGUUGCGAGUAUUUAUACAGGGUGAAUUUAUUAAGCCACAUUUUUUUAUUCGAGACCCAAAAUCUAAACAAAGAACUUAAUUUUACUGUAAUUAAAUAAAUCAUUGUA